AUGGGUGAUCACGCUUCCACUACCAACUCCAAUGAGACCGCCUUCGCGGACAAGGGUAAGGGCAAGGCCCAGGACCCUACCCAGGACCAGAACAUGGAGUCCGAGAGCGAGUCCGAAUCUGAGCCCGAGCUGCCCGACAAUGACGAGGAUGACGACGAUGCGGGCGACCUCGAGCCCAUCUCCCAAGAGAACAUCAUCUCCAGUGGCCGUCGCACACGCGGCAAGCAGAUCAACUGGGACAAGGUCAACGCAGACGCCAUGGAUGACGAGGAGGAUGAUGAUGAGGACUACAAAGGCGCCGGUGACGAUAACGACGACCAGAUGCGCGACUAA